CGCCGCCCCAACCUCGACCGCGCGUUGCCGCGCCCCUGGUGCACCCGUGCGCCGGUUCUCCUCCGCCACCCGCUCCCCUGCCGGCUCCGCGCGCCCAUGCGCCUCGCUCCGCUUCGCCCUGCAUUUGGCCGCUCCACCGCCGGCUUCGCUCGACCUCCGUCUGCGCCUCCGCACCCAGCUGUCGUGCUGCGGCGUGCUCCCGGCCUCUACGCGCGCGCCUCCGCUCUUGCCGGCUCGGCCCCGCCACUCCUGCCGCGUCUGCGGCCGAGCCCGCGUCGCUGCGCUGCACCGGCCCGCCGGCUCCGCCCGCGCCUCCUCCUCAGCGUCUGGCCCGUCGCCUCCGCAUUCCCCGUCACCGCGCGCCCGCCGGCUCACCCCCUGCUUCGCUGGCUGGCUCCGGUGCGCUCCUCAUCCGGCCCUGCUCCCCUGCGUACUGCGUCGACACCUGAGAGGCAGACUCACGGUGGAGGUCCUCACGCGCUGCAGAUCCCCCGUUUCCUUCUGAAAGAAAGACUAGACAAGUAAUAUACCAGAUAAUAUAGUCUGCCAUGAUGGAGGCAGAUCUUGCGUUGAAGCAGACUGACCGCGAUGCGGUCGCCAUCGCCGUCGCUGCUCUUGCAGUGCCUGACCGGCUUACUGUCUCAUGACAAGGCCGCAGUGCACUGCAUCGACAUCGUGCCCGGGAGGGAUCAGUCCUGCCUACCGUCACCGGCCGCCGAGAUGGUCCCAUCACAGGAUGUUCAUCUGUACAAGUAUGCGAGCAACAAUAUUGAGAUGCACGGCAUGAAUAUAUUCAAGGGGAAGUUGAGUGUUGUUGAUAUUGUGGGACUAUCUAGAUCAGAUCUUGCAGCUACAAAAGGCCAAGGCAAGAGUAAUAGCCCCACCAGUUAUAUCAUUGUAUUAACGAGUACUUGGAAAGGCGAGGAUCUGGAUUUAUCUUUUGCACUAGGGCCCUUGAAAUGCUGUCAGAGUUCACUUGAGCUAGUAAAUGUUCUCAAGAAUGAGAUCUGUGAUGGGCUGUUGACAUUCAGAAGCAAACGUGUUUUAGAGUUAUAUAUUUAUCUGAUGCAGCUGAGCUGCGGAUAUGGGCUUCCUGGGAUAUUUUCUUGCCUGAAGGUCAGUGCUUUUUCGGCCGGAUCUCAUUGACUCAGUCCAGAUCUAGUUGGGUUCAUUAUUUACCAUGAUGGAGGGAGAGUCAAGUCAACUCAGUCCAGAUCUCGUUGGGUUCAUUUAUAUGCGACUUCGGCCGGCUAGCAACGAAGCCAUUCAUCUCACAAGCCUCAUCCCCAUUUCGUUGUUCCCUUGCCAGCAUCUACCCCAAGUGUUGGAUCUUCUCCAGGUACUCAACCUAUUGAUGCACAUGGACAUGAUGACUCUCUAGCGUUUAUGGACCAACCAACCUGUAAUCAUGGACCUUAUUGUCUUGUAGACCAUUUGGUGUUUCGAGUGUUUUGGAGCUUGCACUUUGUGCAUGUAGAUACAAACUUGUGUGUUUUGGACCAUCUGAAGUCUCUUAUAGUAACCAAUAGUCCUUAUCUUUUUGUGACUUGUGUGUUCUAGAUGAUUGUUAAGAUGGUCAAAACUAUGCUUCCUCUAGGUUAAUUUGUUUGUCAACUUGCGUUCAAUGUAUGUGCAUGUUUAUAAACAUAUUUUCAUUGUGGUG